UACUCAAUUUCCAGAAUUCACCAGCCUCCCCGAGUUUCAAGUUUUCUUUAAUGACACCUUCUCCAACGACUUUAACACGCUAUUCAGUGCUCUUCCUAUCGAUAGGUUGUACAUGGCAGCAGGAGUUCCUGGCUCUUUUUACGGUCAAUUGUUCCCAAAAGGGUCCAUGAAUUUCAUGCACUCUUCUUUCUCUUGUCAUUGGAUUUCUCAAGUUCCUAAAGAAGUACUAAUAAAGGACUCCAGAGCGUGGAACAAAGGCAGAAUAAGUUAUGUUAGAAGUUCUUGUGAAGUCAAGCAGGCUUUCGCUGCUCAGUUUAUGAGCGAUUUUAAAGCUUUCAUUGGUGCAAGAUCUGAAGAGUUAGCGCCUGGAGGGUUAAUAUUCAUAUCCAUCCCAUGCAAGAGCAAUGAAUCAGAACUAUGCAUCUUGGAUUCAGCGGAUGUCUUGGGAGAUGCUUUCAUUGACAUGGUUAAGGAGGGCCUGGUAGAGGAAGAACUUUUCGACUCGUUCAAUCUACCAGUCUACAUACCAACACCGUCUGAGUUGAUUAAAUUAGUGUCCAGUGAUGAGCAUUUGAAUAUUCUCAAGGUGGAGGAAUCAUAUGUGAAAGUAAAGCUGAGUUCUCCUGAAGAUUUUAUGUUUGAAAGUUCUCAUCUGAGAGCAGUGAUGGAAGGCAUUAUAAAAAGACACUUUGGGCCAGAUAUUCUCAUGGAUGACCUUUUUCACCGAUACUGCAAUAAGCUCAAAGAAUUCUCAAACCAGUUUAAGAAUUAUGACAAGGUUGGUAUUGUUUCUGUAGCUGUUGAACAGGUGAUCAUGCAGGAUGAACUCGUUUAGACGAGUAGAUACUCUUGUUUCCUUGUAAGAGCAUCUCAAAGGAGGUCACUUCGCUAGCUAAAAUGUUAAUUUCAGAGAGUUUCCCCCUUCAAUUUUUCUUCAGUUUUCUUUGCAAGAAAGGUUUGGCUAGAAAUUUAGCGUUCAGUGUCUGAAUGAUGUUUAUAAUACCUUUUCGGAAAGAGAAACAUGCCAAAUAAGUCGAAGUCAAGG